GCAGCAUUGUCACAAUAGUAAUAUUGAGAAAGGUCCCUGUUGAUAUUCACAGUUAUUGAAAGAAAUGGAAGGAAAACCAAAUAGAUCAGAUGCUAUCGGAAACAAAACUUCCUUAUCAAAGAAAACAUCCAAAAGGGUUUGGGAUUCUAUAGCAGCUUAUACCGUUCAGUGUGAAAAAUGUUCUAAAUGGAGGUUCAUUCCCACAAAAGAGAAGUACGAGGAGAUACGAGAGAGGCUAGCAGAACAACCUUUCUUUUGUGAAACAGCACGUGAAUGGCAUCCUGACUUGAGUUGUGAUGAUGAACCAGAUGUUGUACGAGAUGGAAGCUGGCGUUGGGCAAUAGACAAGCCCAGUAUUCCUCAAUGUCCUCCUGGUUGGCAACGGAUUUUACGAAUCAGAGCUAAAGGAGGCACUAAAUUUGCUGAUGUGUAUUAUGUAACACCAUCAAGCAAGCGAUUACGAUCAAUGAUGGAAGUUCAGAGUUACCUGAACGAACAUCCAGAACUCCCAGGCUUAACAGCUUCUCAGUUCUCAUUUCAAAUCCCUUCACCUUUGGAGGAAAAUUAUGUACGGAAGCGUCAUGCUCGUUCUGUUACUUUGCAUGACAUGAGUGACACUGUGAUGCCAGUCAAUCCCACAUCUUGGGUAGUUUCAGACCAGAAGAGAGAUUCGCACUUGGUAGGGGAGGAGGGCUCAACUUCAUAUGUUGAGGCUCCUGCUCAAAGUUGAGGUAUUUUUGUUUCAUUUACCAAAAUGUCUAAAUUUUAACUAUUGCCCAGUGACAAAUGAUGUUCCCCUUCACUUCAGUAAGUCUAAAGAAACUAAGAAAGUGUGUGAGGUGAAACUUGAAGUGUUGUCUCAAAUUUUAGGAGUAACUUGUUGUCUAUUAAUCACUCGCGCCAUUCCAUUUUGCAUUUAGAAUUGGAAUUGGCAUCUUACGGAAUUCUUUGUAAUUAAUUCACCACGCACUUUAUUUCUUUCGAAAGUUUAUAUUAAUUUUCCAGUUUUCUGUA